CGUAGAAUCCCCGUUGCCAUGGCUCCCAGGUGCGGGCGCGCGGAGGAGAGGCUAGGAGGCGUCCAGGGAGUCCUUGGGGGUCCUGGUCGAGCUUCCUGGGCCCGCGAACCCGAGAGGCGCCAUGGGACGGAUCACGGAAGAUCUUAUUAGACGGAAUGCCGAGCACAACGACUGUAUAAUUUUUUCCCUGGAGGAGCUCUCCUUGCAUCAGCAAGAAAUAGAAAGACUAGAACAUAUUGACAGGUGGUGCCGGGAUUUAAAAAUCCUCUAUCUUCAAAAUAAUCUCAUUGGAAAAAUUGAAAAUGUUAGCAAACUCAAGAAACUUGAAUAUUUGAAUUUAGCUUUAAACAACAUUGAAAAAAUUGAAAAUUUGGAAGCAGGAUGCGAAGGGCUGACAAAGCUUGACUUGACGGUAAAUUUCAUUGGUGAGCUGAGCAGUGUGAAAACCCUUCAACACAACAUCCACCUGAAGGAGCUCUUCCUCAUGGGAAACCCCUGCGCUGACUUUGACGGCUACAGACAGUUCGUGGUGGCAGCUCUGCAGCAACUAAAGUGGUUGGAUGGUAAAGAAAUUGAGCGUUCAGAAAGGAUUCAGGCAUUACAGGACUUUCCAGUAGUUGAACAACAAAUCAGAGAGCAGGAGAAAGCUUACUGCCUCAAACGAGCCAAGGACAAGGAAGAGGCUCAGAGGAAACUGCAGGAGGAGGAAAACAAAGGCGAGAGGGAGGGAAGGCACACAGGCUUUGAUGGACGUUGGUACACAGACAUCAGUGCUACUCUCCCAUCUUCUGAAGAGAGCAAAGACGACGUCCAGGCACCAGAAAUACAAGAAGGGGAAUGUAAGAAAAAGAAAUUAGACAGCGGUGAAGACGACCUGGAAUUCUGGAAUAAGCCCUCUUUGUAUACCCCUGAAUCUAGAUUGGAAACUCUGAGACAUAUGGAAAAACAACGGAAAGACCAAGAAAAAUUAAGUGAAAAAAAGAAGAAAGUGAAACCACCCAGGGUGCUGAUCUGUGAGGAUGGGAGAGCCCUGAAUGUAAAUGAGCCCAAACUUGACUUCUCUUUGAGAGAUGAUGAAAAGCGUAACCAGAUCGUCCUGGACCUGGCUGUAUAUAGGUAUAUGGACACCUCUUUAAUCGAUGUUGAUGUACAACCAACUUACGUGCGAGUGAUGGUCAAGGGAAAGCCAUUUCAGCUUGUCCUUCCUGCAGAAGUCAAACCUGACAGCAGCUCUGCUAAAAGAGCUCAGACAACAGGGCAUCUGGUGGUCUACAUGCCCAAGGUGGGCGAGAUAAUCACAGGUUGUCAAGGAACAUCAAAGCCAGUGAAAAGCACGCCGGACAGCAGCAGGGAGAAGACGAACAAAAGAAGCCAGCAAAUGGAGAGACUAGAAGUAGAUCCCAGCAAGCAUGCCUUCCCUGAUGUGGCUAACAUAGUUCAAGUGAAAAAACACACGCCCAGAAGAGUUCAAGCUGAACCCAAAAUCAUACCAAGCGAGGAAGAUCCAGACUUUGAAGAUAAUCCCGAAGUGCCUCCGUUGAUUUGAAAACUUCAGGCUGCACCGACUGUGCACUCAGUGCAGAGAGUGCGUGUAUGUUAUUUCUGGGGUAAACACAGUUAUUUUCAACAUUACUCCUCCGAUGUUUUAGGUCCUACUUUGUACAUUAAUAUUCUCAAACCAGUUUACAAUUAAAAUGUGUACCUUCAAAAUGCUAUAACAUCAUUUGUCUAUAGUAAAGUGUUGGCUAGGGAAAAUGUUCAGUAAAUCAUGGAACUAUUAUAGAAACACGCUGAUUAUAAAUCCCAGAAUUGCCUGCUUGUGCAGAUAGAUGAAGUCGUGGAUUAAAGCACAGAUUAUUAAACCUGUGCUUCGGCAGACGGGUCAAGCUCAGAAGUUAAAAUCGUAAUUUCAGAUCAAAUUGGAAUGCUUUCAGGUGAUUUUAAGCAGUGUUUCUGUUUUCUUCUCAUGACAUGUCUGCUUUCUCUGAUGGCGAGGUAUAAUGGCAAGAAGAUGAGGUUGGAAAUGAGACACCUUGAAGUCAGAUUCCCUUUCAGUCGCUUUGGAUGAAACUUCAGCAAGUGCAUGAACUUCCCCGCGCCUUAGUGGCUCCAUCUGUGACUGGGGAGGAAGAAUACUUGCCGUGUAUGUAGGUUUGUCUCCAGAUGAACCGUCUGAAGUGCCUGACACUGGCCAGGGAAGGAUCACCCACACUGAAGAAAGGGGAAACUAUACCAUGUUUUGAUCAGAGCUGCAGAGAUUGUCAACUGAAAAAAGAAACGCACAGACUAAAAGUUGAGAAGCAUGUUUUAUUUGGCAGUCUUUCUGAGGACUUCAAGACUGGAAGACAGCCUCUCCGAUGGCUCUGAGGGACUGCUCCAAAGAGCUGUGAUUGUGACUAUAUGCCAAGUCUUGCAAGGCUUCCAAGCAAGUCAUCAAACCUCUCAGUGGCUUCGGAGCACAGCCAACAUACUCCUCCACCCUGUUUUCUUCCCUGCCCCAUGAUGAGACUUCUUUUCAGCCACUUACCAUUUUCCUAGACAUGCCCAGAUAUGCCUGGACCACAGUGAUGAAUGCAGCUGCUUCAAGGGGUCAGAUGACAUGAACCAGAUGUACAGGCAGAAACAUGAUUGGAUCUUGAAAAAUAGUAUCCAGUGGAAAAAAUAAGAAAUAGCAUGAAAGCAAAUAUUGGUUGAGCACUUGCUAUGUUCCAGGCUGAGGAUCCAGCAAUAAACAAAGUUAACAGAAAUCUCCAUCCUUACGGAGUUUACAUUCUACUGAAGGGAGCCGGAAAAUAAAUAGACAAACAAAUAAGUGAACAAGCCCACCAUAUGGUGUAAAAGCUGGCUGCACCACACCUCGCCCGAGGUCACCUGGUGAAAAUGUUCCACCGUGAAUUGAGGCCAAGACCAAAGCUCUGAUGGAGAAGAAUCAAGCCAGAACCCUCCCCUGACUCCUUCUGCCAGCCUCAGAUGCCGACAGUGUUGAUGCGGAAUGAACAAGACAAACUUCACCCUGGUCUGAUGGAACUUACCUCCUAGAGGUGAAAAUGGACAAAAAAGCGGUAGCUUCCAUCUCGAGAUCCGGAACGGCUGCUCCAGUGGCCGCUGUCAUGUCUACACUCAAACCAGCAAGAAAAGGGGAAAGCAAGGGGAGGACUCCUCUUCCCUUAAAGGUUGUGACCCAGAAGGUGAACACAUCACUUCCAUUUACAUCCCACAGCUGGAACUUUUUCCCAUGAUCACAUAACUGCAAAGGAGGCUGACAAAGGUACUCUUGAGUUGGGUUGGGUGUCCACGUACAGAUACGAAACCUACCACCAGGGAAUAAGGGGAUGUUGGCAAACAAAUACAGUCUCUGCUACUCUCCUAUAUCCCCGUGCCUACUAAAUUCAGCGAACUUAGAAGGGGCUGAUCCAUUUGCGUGGUGAGUUAACGAAAACCUCAUGAUAGGUUCUGGGAUACCAAGAUGAAAUAAUAUACUUUCUGUUCUGAAGGAGCUUUUAGUCAAUACCGGGGGCUAGACAAGUAAAGAAACAAAGACAAUGAAUUGUAUCAGGUGGGAUAGCAGCCUGUGCGGGUCACAGUUUAAACAGUCACAAAGGAGAAAGGCAGCACAUCCAUCUGGGGCAAGAGAGGUCAGAAAAGACUCCAUCAAGAAGGUGGUGCUCAGCUGAGUCUGAAAGCUGAGUCGAUGUUUGUCUGGGGAGCCAGGCGAGGAGAGCCGUUCAAGGACGCAAGAGAAGAAUGUCAGCAAAGACAGGAAGAUUUAGAACAACCUGGUACAUUCAGAGGAGGGCAAGUGGGAUGGGAGAGAGAUGGCAAGAGAAGACGAUGGGAUGGAGGAGGUGCGUGGGGACCAGGUCUGGGGACCUUAGUCUUUAUCCCAUAGGAAAUGGUGGCCCAUUGAACAGUUUCAAAUACAGAUGUUUAAUGUGUCAGGGGUGCAAUUACAUUUGCAUUUUUGGAAACUUGCUUUAAGUUUGUGGGGCGAUGAACUAACAGUAGGGACA